GAUCCUAAAAUACUUUAGUUGUUUUCCCAAAUUCUUAAUUAGCAUUGAAAACAAAAUAAACAUGGGUUUUCUAAAAAUAAGAAGGACGUCAAAGGAGUGAUUAUUUUAGAAUCGUGAAACAAUCAUGCGCUAUUAUUGCGAAGAAGUAGUCUUUCUUCUUUAGAACUUUUGCUGUAACCUAAUCAAAAGGGUGACUCAUUUUCUUAAACAAUUGAAAAUGAAUGUAAUAUUUUUAUUCAUCAUUUUUCUCGUAAGCACGAGCGUUCUAUUAAGCGGUCUGAUAUCGUUAAUUGGAUAUAUUUUGUAUGAAGAAAUGAUGUCAGUUUAUUCUGAAACACUUGUGGAAUUUUCUGUACCGUGUGACGAUCUGUCACUUAGCCCUGAUGAAGAUUUUGAAACAUUUGAUAUCAAGAGAAACGGAUUGAAGACGUUUGUGAGAGGUGAUAGAUACAUGUGUAGCUAUGGAAAUGUUACAGAGCUGGUUCGCUUGGUUGUCGAAAGACAGUCAAGACUACGACUCGCAAAAGGAUUAGACGCAUACCCAUACCUGUCAUGUGGCAACGAAAGCUUAGUUCCAAAAUCUGGACACCUGACAGUAGCUUUUUCGGGGAUAUCACAGCCUCAAAGAUUUUCAGACGAAGAUUCAGACAACGUUAUCUUUCAUUGGGACACACAUUCAAGUAAUUCCCAUAUUGAUCCUUCAGUUUCUUAUCAUAAUGGUAAGAUUACUAUUCCAGAGGGCAGGACUUACUUUAUAUAUGCAUCAGUACAUUUCAACAUCAGCCGACAAAAUAAUACACAGUUCCAAAACUUACAACAGUUUUCAGUACGGAUUUGCAGAAGAGUACACGAGUAUGAGCAGACUCUAUUAGGAAGCACGAAGAUGUUUAACAUCAGCAACGCCAACACAAGUUUAAGAAUUGCAAGUCAUUUGAAGAUGUCGAGAGAUGAUAAAAUAUACAUAAAAGUAUCGGAUGCAAAACGACUAAUACCUUUCUCAAACGGCAAUAGUUUUGGACUUUUCCCAACAUAGAUAUCAUCUCCUUGGUGAGAAACUAAACUCGAUAUAAAAUAAGAUACAGAAGUGAUUGACAAACUGCAUACUGUUCAGAGGCGAUUAGCUUGUUGAAGUGGACUGUGUAUGUCUUAGGUCUUGUGCAUUUAUCAUGAAUGCUUUCAACUGCCGAAGAUGUAUGCCAGUCUGGUGUUGAUUUUCAAUUAAAAAUAACCAAAAAAUA